GUGGCACCAGAAGUUUUCCUCCUUACUAUGCAGCCUGUCACAGCUGGAGGGUUUCUUUCACCCUGCUCCGGGAAAUUACCUUUUCUGUGAAGGUUUUGCUCUGUAGUCGUUGUUAAAGAAGAUGCACGUAGUUAGWAACCGUGUGUGUGAAGAAGUGAGCUCCCACUGCAGCAGUUGGUUCUAAGGAAACUUUUAAUUUUGUGCUUCAAGAAACCUGAUUACUUCUUGGAUUACUUUUCUACCUUGGUUUAGAAGAUAACUUGAGGAAAAUGGAAACAGAUGAGGCUCAAGAUAUGUCCCAGGUUUCAGGAAAGGAAAGUCCUCCAGUUAGUGAUGUCCCUGAUGAUCCAGAUGAACCCAUGCCUAUACCAGAGGACCUUUCAACUAGUACUGGAGGUCAGCAGAAUUCAAAAAAUGACAGAAUCUUGGCUGCAUACGGGGCGGAAGGCUUUAGGGACUUUCAUGCAAUAAUUCCCAAAUCCUUUUCCACCGGUAAUAUUAAAAUAGAGACUCAGAGUGAUGAAGAGAAUGGGCGUGCCUGUGAAAUGAAUGGGGAAGAAUGUGCAGAGGAUUUACGAAUGCUUGAUGCUGCAGGAGAAAAAAUGAAUGGCUCUCACAAUGGCCCAGGCAGCAAGGCUUUGUCAGGAGUUGGAGGCAUUCGACUUCCUAAUGGAAAGCUAAAAUGUGAUAUCUGUGGGAUAAUUUGCAUCGGUCCCAAUGUGCUCAUGGUUCACAAACGAAGCCACACUGGAGAACGCCCUUUCCAGUGCAAUCAGUGCGGAGCUUCCUUUACCCAGAAGGGCAACCUUCUGCGCCACAUAAAGCUGCACUCAGGUGAGAAGCCCUUCAAGUGUCACCUGUGUAACUACGCUUGCCGCCGCAGGGAUGCCCUCACGGGACACCUGAGGACUCACUCAGUUGGCAAACCCCAUAAGUGUGGAUACUGCGGUCGCAGUUACAAGCAGCGCAGCUCUUUGGAAGAACAUAAAGAACGCUGCCAUAACUACCUGCAAACAAUGAAUCUCUCAAGCAGCCUCUAUCCAGUCAUAAAAGACGAAAGUAACCAGAGUGAAAUGGCUGAAGACCUGUGCAAGAUAGGGUCAGAAAGAGCCCUCGUGCUGGAUAGACUAGCAAGUAACGUCGCCAAACGUAAGAGCUCUAUGCCUCAGAAAUUUAUUGGUGACAAAUGUUUGCCCGAUCUUCCAUACGAUGCCAGUGCCAACUACGAGAAGGAGAAUGAACUCAUGCAGACGCACGUCAUCGACCAGGCCAUCAACAACGCCAUCAGUUACCUGGGGGCAGAGUCCCUGCGUCCCCUGAUCCAGACACCACCGGGUGGCUCCGAGGUGGUGCCCGUCAUCAGCCCCAUGUAUCAGCUCCACAAACCUCUCGGGGACAGUCAAGUUCGCUCCACCCUCCCUCAGGACAGCGCAGUGGAAAACCUGUUGCUGCUUUCCAAAGCCAAGUCCGUCUCCUCUGAGCGAGAUGUCUCUCCCAGCAACAGCUGCCAAGACUCAACAGAUACAGAGAGCAAUAAUGAGGAGCGCAGUGGUUUGAUCUACCUGACAAACCACAUAGGUGCCCAUGCAAGAAAUGGCAUCUCUAUUAAAGAAGAAAACAGGCAAUAUGAUGUCUUGAGAGCGGGUACUGACAAUUCCCAGGAUGCUUUCAAAGUGAUCAGCAGCAAUGGGGAGCAAGUGAGAGUUUACAAGUGUGAACACUGUCGAGUCCUUUUCUUGGAUCAUGUGAUGUAUACGAUCCAUAUGGGCUGCCACGGGUUCCGUGAUCCUUUUGAAUGCAACAUGUGCGGCUACCACAGCCAGGACMGGUACGAAUUCUCUUCCCACAUAACUCGAGGGGAGCACCGUUUCCACAUGGGUUAAAACUCCRGCACAGAUUGAGCCUCGACAGCUGCAUUACUGGAGCUGCAUGAGCCAUGACAGCAACAARGCAGAAGUCAGCUGAACAGCAAAAGUUACAAGAGAAUCAGAAGUUCAGCAAUCCUCUUCCACAAGAAAAGGGAUUUCAUUUUGGUAGCAUGCAUUGCAGCUCAGUUUUUUAAGAUGAGUUUUUACGGAAAAUGUUUGAUCACCAAAAACCUUUAGUAACGUAACUAGAAGCUUUUGUAGUCACAUAGCUGAAAGCUCUUCSCUGAACUGAUGCUUCUUGCAAGCCCCACUUGCCAGAACUCUUAACCACACAUGCUCCACAUCACAAGGACAUAACAGGCAGCAGUGGCCAGGCUUUUUCUCUUAACACCCUGAGCGUAGGGCUCUUCUACCAGAUGUGUGGUUUUUUGAUUUUCGGUAUUAUUUGACUCUUUUGGGAAGAUUGAGCUCCACCUAAGAUGGAGGGACCUCUCUCAGAUGACUUCAUGGACAGCUGGGGUGGGACGGAACCCCUCCAGCCAGAAGGUUCUGAGUUGCUUUGGUGGUAAGAAGUAGAACAUUUCCACCUGCAAGGGUUCUACUGGUAUUGGCAUCACAAUGAGCCUUGUUUGUGUCACUAGGCAGGCAAGCAGGAAAGCAAAAGUAGAAGAAACACCCUUGUAAUAUACUCCUUGAAGUAUGAAUUGCAUUUAAUGUAUAGGAAAAGGGUAUUGUUGGCUCUUCUUUGAAUAAAUAUUUUCUCUUCCCAUCCAGUAAACCCCCAAUUUUGUUAAGCAACCCCUCCUCUCUCUGCAUAAACAAGUUACAAUGUAUUUAAUUUUUCUUUCUUUUUAAAGGUUUAGUUAUUUAGAAAAGUAUGAUGUACAGUUGAGAAAAGCACUAGAUAGAUAUAUGUGUGGGGAAAGUCUCCUUAUGCACAUUUUUCAUCAUUUUAAACUGUCUGGAAAAUAUCCAAAUGUCCCUCUCUUGCAUUUAAAAAAAAUCCCAUUUUGCUUGYGCAGAAGAUGUCCUCUUGUAAAUUUUGUGGCUCUACUCGUAAAUGUUGCACUUGAUUAUUUUUAAAGCACUGAGAUUAAUUAAAACAGCCAGUCAAAAUUUGCGGCCGUCUUCUUUUAUUUGUGGCAUUUGCCAUUUAAUGAGGGACUAAGGCCCACAAAGAUGUUGAGAGCCUUUAAUUGYUAUUCAACCAGUCAUUUCACUAUGGGCUUCGAUUUACAUUUACUGUAGUGGAACCACUCUUAAAGUAAAGAAAAAUGAUGUUUUUUGCAGAAUGGAGACCAGAGGCUGCAUCACUUUGCAGAGUGCAGCAAAGUCCACCCAAAGCUUUCUCCAUGGUGGGUUCUGCUGCAGCUAUUGUAGCUUUGGUUAGAUUCAAAACUUAUAUGAAAAACAGAUUUUAACCCCAAACACAUUUGAUAUAAAAAACUUUUUUAAAGCUUCCACUUAUCUUCCUCUUCCCAACAUUUAAUUUCUGUCCCYGAACACCCUCAUGCUUUAGAAAUGGGUAAAAGAGAAAUUUUUGCAGCUGCAUAAAAAUCUGUCAUUGGUGCUGCAGUCUUCCUGGGCAACAUUCACAAAAUUAACCCAUCUURUUAAGUUAGUGUAUAAAUGCUUCCACUCUGCAUAAUAAAUGGAUAUUUUGCAAUAAACACAAUCAAAUACCCAACAAGACUAGCAGUCUUGUCAUACAUUUACAUAUUUUCCAUUCACAAGUGCAUGCAAGUACAUGUAUUUACUAUAAAUCAGAUUYGAUGGGACCAUGAGCUGCUUGUACCUGGGCCAAUGUGGCCUGAUACUAUAUUUGUAGCUAUAUUUGUUACACAUUUCCUAUAUACACAUGMUAUUACAGGCACACAGAGUUCCUCCUUCUGCUUUCACUUUUGCAGGUGUAAGUCAGGAGCAAUAACCCUGAAGAUGAGGAAAGACACUGAUGAAACAAUGAAUCCCAAAUGUGUGCUCACACAGCCUCAGGCCUUGGCUGUUCAUGCCAGCUGUAAGGYACUUGCUUGGCUGGACACGUGGGCACGGCAGUGUUUUUACACUGAACGUGCACGAGAGCCUGACAAUUCAGGGGCUUUGUCACCAGAGGGGAAUGCUGUGUAUGAAUGCCCACAGACUGGUGCACAUACCCACAGCAGGGAAAACACGUUGCUGGUACAUGUUAUCCCCCAAAAAUGAGCAGUGUAAACUACAGACCCAAAGGGAUCCCCUCUAUUAGAACUCGGUUGUCUGAAGGGACUUUAUUGAUUCCCUCUACACCCACGUUACAACUCAAGCUGAGAUUUUAUUGCUCAUUACCCUCCAGGCGGCACGAGGGCUGGGCACRAGGAAUCACUGGCCAUUUAAUGCCCCAUGUUUUGUCAUCAAUUUGGCUUCAAGACAGACUGUACCUGGCAACGAGGUGUUACCAAAUGUUUUGUAUAGGAAUGAUCUGAAUAGGACCUUCAAGUGGGGAGUUUAAUUUUUUGUUUUUUUUUAAAAUACAGUUGAAAUGAGUUCAUUUUGCAUAGCUGGUAGGGAUAUAUUCAAGUGUUCUUAUCCCUCUCCAUUUUUGAUUGAUACCAAACAAGAGGGGACAAAUCAAUUUCCCAGUCCUGCUGCAACGUCCUGUGUGAGAUCAGAUUUUGGCUGUACAGAUCAGAAACAUUCUGCUUUUAUUGCUCUUACACCUCGUUCCUGCUCUUCUUAGAUUUAAGUCACUAUAUACCCCAUGCCAUAAUUUCUUUCCACCCUUCAUUUUAAGACACCCCCAGCUGCACAGGGGAGGGGGACAGAAGCUCACUCAGGUGGUUUUGUUCCUUUGCUUUUACCAAAAACCAGAACAAAGAAAGCCAAGUUCAUGAACCGUGUAAACAAGCACAGCUCCAGUAGAGUUUGUGACUGCCCUGGAACACAGCUUUGAAAGGUAUUUUCAGAUUCCUGGGUAGGUUUGCUACCUUCACAACAUCUCUGUGCACACAUGCACGUCACUGAGCCCCUGUGUCUCUUCUCUUGUUGACAUGCACGUGCCCUCUCUGAGGCUUUUUGUGUCAUUAAUGUUUUACAUACAUUUGUAUGUACAUAUAUCUAAAAUGGUUUGUAUGACAUGAUGAUGCACUGUCACUCACAGUGGGUUUGUUUCCUGGCUCUGGAGUUUUCUUAUUUAUACUAUAACAGAAUAUGUUAAUGUUGUAUAUUAAACAGUACAGUAGUAUAAGUAAGUAUAUUAAGACUCUGUAUCAGGGCACAGUCUAAAGGCAAGAGCARAUGGUAUUCUCUGUUCACUAAAAGGCUUUUUUAGAUUUGCUUUUCUCCAGGGUUUUUUUUUUCUCUUUUGCACAAAAUCAUCUUCUGUUUGUUUAGAAACAAGUGGUUCAGUAAUUUUAUUUAUAAACAAAUGCAAGGAUGGCAUGAUAAUAGGGUAUUGUGUCUGUGUACAUUGAAACAAACUGUGCCCUCAGAAAAMAAGUUUAGUGUAACCUCCUUUUUUCUCUUUUUUUUUGCUAUGGUGCAAUACCCUGGUAUGGCUUAGUUGACCUUUAAAAGGAGUAAAUAUGUAAGUGGUUUUAAGUUUAUAUCUGUUUUAAAAAAGUAAAAAAAUAACUGCUACCCAUUCCUUCCCCAGGCACUGCCUUUUCUAAUAGAAAAAGUUGUAUUUACACCUUUUUUUUGCUGUGGUUUUAUAUUGUAACUUCAUUUUUCUUUGAGAAUAUUGUAUUUAAAAAAAAAAGCAAAUUUCAUAAAAAUUGGAAAUGUUAUUAAAUUAUGUCUGCAAACUGAGAUG